GAGAGGACGUUUUGAUAAGUCGGUAUGGAGACCACAGUUUUUGCGUUGGUCUCCCUCCUGUUUGUAAUAAGUUUUGGCCGAAGUGUGCCUGUUUCGGCUGUUCCACCUUGCAAGUUCGACAGCUUGGAUGAGUUACCGAAAUCCAUAUUGAACACCACCCUCCCACGAGGCAUCUCACAAAAUAUUACGCUGCAAGCAUGUGAAACCGGUUGCACAUACGUCAGCAGCUGUAUUGCCGUUGUGUUUAUCCCGGACGAGGAGGAUGCCAGCCAAGGGAAGUGUAUUCACCACAUCCGUGACUGGGCUAAGGCACUCUACAAGUCAGACAUUGGCAAACUGGGUGAGGAUGUUCUCAUUGAGCGAAAGAAGUGCCAGAAGAUACCAGUACCAGCCAAGGGCGUACCACAUGGUUGCAAGAAGAUAGAAACCAUGAAUCUGACGACGUGGCUAACAGGAAAACGCCACUUCAAAGCUGCAGGACCACCUAAAACUCAAUCUAAUAUUGAUGGAUGCAAGGUCCAGUGUCAGUUGAAUCAAAAGUGCGAUCUGUUUGCAAGACUGAAUUCAAGCAGGUUGUGUAUCUUCCUGCAUAAAACAACCGUGCAAUUUUAUCACAAAUCGUGUAACCUACAAGCUGAUACGAAGACGUGCAAGAUGACGCAAAAGAAAAAUGGACUGCCCAUUGCAAUGUUAUUAGCAAGGAAAAAAAUAGGUGUGACAGUCGAACAGUGUAAAACCCAGUGCAUGAAAGAUACUAGGUGCGCUACAGCUGAAUGUGACAUCAAGAAUGGGGCAAACACUUGUAAACUUAAGGCGUCCUUCGUUUUGUUCGGAAGAAAGUGCGACGUGAUAAAGGGAGAAAGUUGUCAGCUGACGAAGAUCGACAAACCCCUGACAAAUGCUGUGACUUUUAGCAGCAUUUCAAUCCCAGGAUUGGCGAAUGUUAAUGAGUUAUACCAGUUCUGUAACCAACGUUGCACCAAAUAUUGCACCCAAGUUAAAAUCAUGUUGGUUGAUAAAAGGGCAGUGUGCCAAUUGUAUACGCAACAGAAAUCUCUGAAGAAGACGUGCAUAGGCACAACAUGCUCCAUGGCUGAAGUGGAAACACUAAAAGCUCAAAUACCGAAAGAUUCCGUUUACCACCAAGUCAACACGCGGCCAGUGGAAUUUCAAGGCGUGAAUUGCAGCAGUCUGUGCCUGAACUCAUAUCAGUGUAUUGGAGUUGUCAUAAGACCAGGACCGGUUCCCACGAAGAGAAGAAAUAAAGUUCAAAACGUGGUAAUGCCGUUGUGUCAAAUUCACUUCCGUAUGGAGUUCAAGCUCAAGACCUGCUCAAAUGGAAAGUGUGUUAUGUUGCCACUUAAGAAUGGAACGAAGAUAACGAACGCAUUUGAAAAUGUUUGGAGGACCCCCACAAAAUGUGCCGAGCUGUGUCUGACUUUGAAGUACUGCACUGCUAUCGCCUUCACGAAGAUCAUCAGUCAGUGCAGCAUCUUCGGGAAAAGUUCCCUAGAGUUUGACGAUGCUUAUCAAAAGAAGUGCUCGCAUACAGGGACGUGCUCAAUGGCGAAGGUGCCCCAUUUGAGGCUGCUCUACGGGCUCGUGGCGCUGCUGAAGAAUCCCCAGUUGGCCAAGCUCAUUCUGGCACAGCCCGUGCUGGUGAAGCCAAACGCGCUGUCAAAGUGUAUUGUUGGAUGUCGGAAUAAUCGCCAGUGCUCCAUCCUCUUCCUCAAAUUCUCACUUGAAAAGAACAUGAUUAGAUGUGACUUCCUGAUGAAGGCGCCCUAUUUGUUUGGAGAGAAGAAAUGCCGAUCGACUCCAUGGGCUGCAAAACCAAUAUGCACCGUCAAGGGACCAACGAGAACUGUUCCAUUUCCAAUGGAUUCCCCAAACCACAGCUUUAAUUUUAUGCGCACAGUGACACAAGAAAGUCAUUGCCCUAAACUGUGCCAACAGUCAACGCAGUGCGCGGCAUUCAUGAUCUGGCGUCUGAUCAUGACAAACCAACAAUCAGCGACUGGCCAAUCUGGUCAGCGAUUUCCACAAGGUGGACACCGUGGUCAACGCAGUCCUCAAAAUGGCUACGGUGGAUAUCGGGGACCUCAAGGUGGUUACGGAGGUCAGCCAAGUCCUUUAGGAGGUUAUCCCAGGCAUUACAAUCCCCGAGCUGGAUAUGGCAGCCGAAAUGACAGAGGUCAACGAAGACAACACGCACCUGGUCAGGACGGCUACGCAGGCCAGCCAAACCCCUACGGAGCCGCUCCCGGGAGAAGAAGGCUUUUGCAUUAUCAUGGCGGAAGGUAUGGUACUAAGCCCUUGCAAAAUGGCUACAAUGGAUACGGGCAUCAAAUGACUGGCAACCGCCGUAGAAAACCAGCUGGUUAUGGAGGCUACGGGCGGAGGAGAGAACAGUACGGGGGCAACGGCUACGGGGAACAGGGCGCUGGUUACAGGCGACCGCCACGAAGGCCAGCAGCGUACGGACGUGCUAAUUCUUAUCAACCACGGCGAAAUGUAUUUUUUCUCUGCGCCAUGGUUUCUGCUCAGCCAAUUAAACCCGUAAACAGAACCGGAGACCCAACGGAAACGAUUUCAACGAUCCUGACACCACAUGUUAGCACCCGCAUCCUUCAAAAGAACUGCACGGACGCAGCAAGGAAGAAUUGUAGCUUCAAAAUGACUCAGGAGUUCAUAACCAAGGACAUGUCGGACAUGAUUCCAAAUUUCAAAAAAUACACGUUGGGUUAUUCAUUAGCGAGGAAGACACCAACAUCAGCAAUGCUUGAGGACUGUCGAAAGGAUCCGCAAUGUGUCUCGGUGCUGUUGUUCAAAGCCAGGAGGAAAGUUGCUGCCAAUUUCGUUUAUGACCCCAUCGUGUAUCCUAAGAACUGCGCAGGAUCCGCCUAGGAGAAUGCAUAUAAGCUCGUAGGCCUUGAGAUUGUCCACGGUAAAAUGGUAACCUACUUCGUGUAAAUUCCGUUUCGUACGAAGCCACUUAAAAGUGACCUGUAACGCUUUUAUUAAAAAUUUUACUUGGGGUACUAAUAAUAGGACAUUACAUAAGAAACACAAGUGUGAAAACCGCAUAAAAAUCAAACUACAUUUUAUGUAUACUCAUCUUAAAGUUAUAGCAGUAUGUAAUUCAAACAUUCCAGGUGGUGCAGGAAGAUAUAUAUAAUAGAAUUGUGAUAGUUUUAUGAUUGUAUUCUAAUUACCUUGUCACAGAUAUGAGCUUUUAGUGAACAUGUUAAUGUACAAUUUUAAAAUAUAAGCAUGAAGCUAUAAAACACUUUAUUUCAGUACAUCACAAUGUACAGCAUCAGUUUGUUCUUCCUACACCACCUAGAAUGUUUGAAUUUUAUAGCUGCAAUAACUUGAAGAUGGCUAGUUCGAUAUUGAUGCGGUUUUCAUCACUGUGUUUGUUAUCUUGUGCCCUUUUAGUUUUUUCCUAAGUUAAAAAGUGUUGCAGGUGACCUUUAACCUAAAGUAUGUGCUGCUAGUAUUCAAGUAUUGAAAUAUUCAUGUAUUCAGAAAUGAUGUUGGAAAUCAAAAAUAAUAUAUGGAUACGUAAUAAUCCAUGAAAAAAUAACUACUGACCUUGAGUUGAUAUACAGGGUGGCCAAAAAUUAUCUUCCCUCGCACUAUAGGAUUCUAUUGUGUAUCCAUCGUGUGAGGGAAGAUAAUUCUGGGCCACCCAUGAAUCAUCACUGUUGCAUUUAAAUAUGUUAAUUUAAAUACGUUAUUUAAAUAUGUUAAUUAGACCAUCUAGUCUCCCGGGCUUCUCACUGUGAUGCAAGCCUUUGCACAUAGUAAUGCAUUGUACUGUACUAUUGGCGAUUCUGCGAAGACUUAUGACUUAGGGUGAAUAAAGCUUAAAUGCCUUCAAA